AUGACGCUAGCACCCAUCUCACCGCGACCUUUAGACUCGUCGCCCGUCAGAUAUGACCCUAGCUCGAGCCCUGGGCGGGCCUCCAGUCGUGUUCAAUCCGAUGUUCCUACAAGCAGCAGCGGUGGACUCUUUGUCCGUCAAGACCGACGCCCUCGUAUUUCGACUCGCAGAGGCGACAUCCAUUCUGACGCAUUUACUUCUUCUCCCUCCCAACGACGUCGAAUUUAUAUUGGCGAAGAUGGUUUGCCAGUCCGCGAUGGGCAAGAUCCAGCUUCUGAAGCAACAUUCUCCAACCUCAACCCGGACACUUCUGAAGCCGAUGCUAUGGGAGGGGAUUCAACUAGAGUCAUCUGGGGUACAAACAUCUCCAUACAGGACUCUAUGUCAGCAUUCAAGAAUUUCCUAUAUAACUUCACAAAAAAGUAUCGUUUAUGGGCGGAUGGUGCAACCGAGGAAGAGACGCGGGCAUUAGGACCUGUCGCCGAGGAAAAAGAAUAUCUCGAGAUGUUGCAAAACAUGCGUAAGCUUGGUGUGCAUGGCCUCAACCUGGAUGCCCGCAACCUCAAGGCAUACCCUCCGACCUUGAAACUGUGGCAUCAGUUACAAGCCUACCCACAGGAAAUCAUCCCACUCAUGGAUCAGACAGUCAAAGAGGUGAUGGUGGAACUGGCGCAGAAGGAAAUGCAGGAAUUGCAACGGUCUCACGAUGCUACGGGUGCUUCGCGAGCUCGAAAUGGCAGUUCAAUGCCUCCUUUGCCGCACUCUGAUAUUGAGAGUGUGGCUACGCCGACUGCAACGCCUGCAGCAGCGGCUGAAGAGCUUCCCAACCUUGUCGAAGAGGCCGAGAUCCGGCCCUGGAAAGUUCUGCCCUUCGGUCUAGACCAAGCGGUCAAUAUGCGUGACCUUGACCCCAAGGAUAUUGACAAGCUGAUCGCCGUCAAGGGUUUGGUCAUUCGAGCCACUCCAGUCAUUCCAGAUAUGAAGGAGGCUUUCUUCAAAUGCAGCGUUUGCAACCAUACCAUGUAUGUGUCGAUUGACCGUGGUAAGAUUGCGGAGCCAACUGAAUGCCCCCGGCAAGCCUGCAAAUCCAAAGAUAGCAUGGACAUUGUCCACAACCGAUGUGUGUUCGCGGACAAGCAGGUAAUCAAGCUGCAAGAAACUCCCGAUUCAGUGCCAGACGGGCAAACACCACACAGCGUCUCUCUUUGUGUCUAUGACGAGCUUGUGGACGUUUGCAAAGCUGGCGACCGGGUAGAGGUGACGGGAAUUUUCAGAAGUAAUCCUGUUCGAGUCAACCCCCGUCAACGGACAAUCAAAGCUCUUUUCAAGACCUACGUCGACGUUUUGCACAUUCAAAAAAUCGACAAGCGGAAGAUGGGCAUUGAUACAUCCACAAUCGAGCAAGAACUUUCCGAGCAAGCAGCAGGCGAUUCCGAAGGGACAAGAAAAAUCUCGGCCGAAGAAGAAGCUAAGAUCAAAGAGACGGCAGCUCGUGAAGAUAUCUACGAACUCUUGUCCCGGAGUUUGGCGCCCAGUAUCUACGAGCUGGACGAUGUCAAAAAGGGCAUUCUGUUACAGUUGUUCGGAGGCACGAACAAAUCCUUCGAAAAGGGCGGGAGCCCCAAGUACAGGGGCGACAUCAACGUCUUGCUCUGUGGUGACCCCUCUACAUCCAAGUCACAGCUUCUGCAAUAUGUCCACAAGAUUGCCCCUCGUGGAGUGUAUACAUCAGGCAAAGGUUCAUCGGCUGUGGGUUUGACAGCUUACGUGACCCGGGACCCCGAAUCAAAGCAGCUUGUGCUCGAGUCAGGUGCCUUGGUACUUUCGGAUGGCGGCGUGUGCUGCAUCGACGAGUUCGACAAGAUGAACGAAUCGACCCGCUCGGUCCUACACGAGGUCAUGGAACAGCAGACCGUAUCUAUUGCGAAGGCAGGCAUCAUUACGACACUGAACGCCAGAACCAGUAUCCUCGCGUCUGCCAAUCCAAUUGGAAGCAAAUACAACCCAAACCUCCCCGUGCCGCAGAACAUCGAUCUUCCUCCCACUUUGUUGUCCCGAUUCGACCUUGUGUAUCUGGUUCUAGACCGUAUCGACGAAGUCAACGACCGACGCCUCGCCAAACAUUUGGUGGGAAUGUACCUAGAAGACACUCCGGAGAAUGCGUCUCGGGAGGAAAUUCUUCCGAUUGAAUUUUUGACGGCAUACAUUUCGUACGCCCGGUCCAAUAUCCACCCAGUCAUUACACGACCAGCUGCGACGGCCCUGACGGACGCCUACGUGCAAAUGCGCUCGCUAGGAAACUCCAUUCAAUCCUCGGAGCGACGCAUCACUGCGACGACGCGACAAUUGGAAUCAAUGAUCCGGCUGUCGGAGGCACAUGCUAAGAUGCGACUGUCGUCCACCGUCACCGAAGACGACGUUGCCGAGGCUGUUCGUCUGAUCAAAUCUGCCAUCAAGGCUUCCGCGACCGAUGCCCGUACUGGUCUCAUCGACAUGGGGCUCUUGUCCGAGGGAGUCAGUGCCAGCGACCGCCGACGCAAGGAAGAUCUCAAGCGCGCCGUGCUGGCUGUCGUCGAUGACAAUGAUGCUGUGAGAUCGGGCAACGCCAUUCGCUAUUCCGAUCUGUAUCGCCGUGUGGCUGAGGGCAGUUCUGUCGAAGUCGAUGGUGCUGAGGUACAGGAAGCCUUACGCGCCUUAGAGCAAGAAGGAAAAGUCCAGAUAGUUGGUGAGGGUGCCAGGAGGAGCGUGCGCCGGAUCACGGGUGUAUAG